AUGCUUCGAUCUGGGGGUGCUACCUCCCUUAGCCGGGCGUCCCUCCGUUGUGUAUCGUCUACCAGUGCCCGCACCACAUCGAGCCUCGCACACGCGUCGGCUUUCCCAAAACAAGCUUCUCGCUUCAUCGGUGCCCAGAAUCGAGCUCCAUUAGCAUUGGUACCCCACAAGCCUUUCAGCACAUCACUCCAGCGAUACGUUACCCAUCCAGGGAAUCCUUUCGACAAGAUCGAUAAGAAGCAUGAGGAGGUAGUGGAACACGAGAAGAUAGAACCGCAUCCUGAGGAGGUGUCGUCGACUUCCACCGUUCAUCAAGUCUUUGGUGAGAAGGGGGUUGAAGAGCAAGAGAAGGAUGAGGACAUGCUAGCUGGUGUGAAGGCUGAUUUUAAAACCAUAAAGGAUACCUUCGCUCUAGAUGAGGUUCCUAGAGAAGCUCUCGUCAUUGGAAUGGCUGGCGUGCUUCCCUACCUUGCCACCUCGCUCUCGACUGUCUAUCUCGCCUUUGACAUUAAUCAUGCCUCUGAAACUGGCUCGGGCUUCUUGUUCUCUCCACAUGUUGCCGAGCAACUCCUACAUAUCAUCGAGCCGUUGCAGGUUGGGUAUGGUGCAGUGAUCCUGUCUUUCUUGGGGGCCAUCCAUUGGGGUCUAGAGUGGGCCAAAUACGGCGGUGUGCAUGGCUACCCACGUUAUGCCUACGGAGUCAUUGCCCCAGCAGUCGCAUGGCCUACGAUCUUACUGCCCAUCGAAUACGCUCUGAUUUCUCAGUUCUGCGCUUUCACAUUCCUCUACUUCGCAGACGCAAGGGCUGUGGUUAGAGGAUGGGCACCGCAUUGGUACUCGACCUACCGCUUUGUGCUUACGUUCAUCGUAGGCGCCAGCAUCGUGGCCAGCUUGAUUGGCAGGGGACAGAUCGCAGACCAGAUCAAUAAGCUUCCUAGCCCAGCUGACAGGGUCAAGGCCCUCAGAGAUAUGCAGUUGGAUGCCAUGGAGGCUGAAGAGAGGGAGAAAAUGGCAAGAAUCGCUGCGGAGGACGAAGAGGGAGGAGACGAUGACGAGGAGGAGGAUGGAGAUGAUGAAGAGGAGUAG